AUGGAAUGGCCCAAUGAGAAGAGGAACCAGUGUAUUGCUAAAACAUUAGAAUUCCUCUCUUACAUUAAUGAUGUGAUUUCUCUGUUAUUUUCAUUCUUCUCAGUUCUAUUUUUCCUUUUAACCCUGCUUAUAUUGGGGGUCUUUAUUGCUCAAUGUGAAACCCCCAUAUUGAGAGCCAACAACAGGAGCCUGAGCUUCCUCCUCCUUGUCUCCAUCAAGCUGAGCUUCCUCAGUGUGUUUCUGUUCCUCGGUCGCCCUGUGGAUAUAACCUGCAUGCUGCGCAUCAUCACUUUUGGAAUCACCUUCUCCAUAGCUGUCUCUUCUCUCCUGGCCAAGACUAUCAUGGUUUACAUUGCUUUCAAAGCCACCAAGCCAGGGAGCUCAUGGAGAAAAUGGGUGGGAGUCAAACUGUCCAAUUCUGUAGUCUUGUUCUGCUCAUCCAUUCAAAUAAUAAUCUGCAUGACUUGGUUGGCCAUUUCUCCUCCCUUUCAGGAACUGGACCUUCACACUUACCCUGGAACCAUCAUCAUUCAGUGCAAUGAGGGCUCAGCUAUUGGCUUUUACUCAGUUAUUGGGUAUAUGGGGCUUCUGGCAGCUGUUAGUUUUGUUUUAGCAUUUUUAGCUCGGACAUUACCGGACAGUUUUAAUGAGGCCAAGUACAUCACUUUCAGCAUGUUGCUCUUCUGCAGUGUUUGGAUCACAAUGAUCCCGGCCUAUCUGAGCACCAAAGGCAAAAACACUGUGUGUGUGGAGAUAUUUGCCAUACUCACCUCAAGUGCUGGACUUUUAUUCUGUAUAUUUCUGCCCAAAUGUUAUGUCAUUUUAUUUAAACCUGAAAUUAACAAAAAAUCCCACUUCUUACUAUCAAAUUCUAAUAAUCUUAAAAACUCCAAUAUGCACAUAUAA